AUGAGUCUUGAUACAUCAGCAGUUAGUGGUCAUUUAGCUCAACGCAACGUCUUUUCAGCUACCAUAGUCAACAAAACAUCCCAUCAAAUUCAUUGUUUCGUUGAAUAUCACACGAAAUCUGGCUCGGAUAAUGAAGUAGCCGAUUUCGACGUCGCCGCCAAUGACGAGUAUAAAUGUGAAGAAAAAGUUCAUUCAAUGUCAACGCACAAUACUGGUCAAUCACCUCAAUCUCAUAUUUUUCCAAAAGUCAUUCAUUCGAUCAAAGUUUGCAAAGCUGAUGGAUCAACUUUAACUGCAAAAGCACCAUUCGAUAAUGUUCCUCACAAGGAUGUGCGCAACUGGAAAUUUGUCGUCGAAAAUAAUCAAAUUCGCUCGGAAAAAAACUGA